AUGACGGCAGCUUUAUAUGCGAAGGUUGGGGACUUGUCCCUCCUAACGCUACCAGAUAAGAUCAAGUACAAAUAUACACUGUUGAAGAUCACAAAGGGCGAGGUUCAAUUUUGGGCUGACGAAGUUGGUGACGCCAUCCCAAUGAAGUGCCGUUCCCAAAGCAAGGCGGAGGAAGCGGAGGAUGAGCAGCUACAGAGCGCAGGGGCAGUCUCCCCCGGCGAGAUGGCCAUGGUUAAACAUUUCCUAUCUACGGUCUGCCCACAGGAGACGUAUCACAAAUUAGAAAUCGACCAAUUUUACGAACAGAAAAAGCAGAUUCGGCAUAAAGAACAGAUACACAAGGAUGAUCCCAACACUGAGGAGGCGAAGAUGGCGCUCAGUUGCCUACGCCUUCUCGCGGAAGAGGUAGACCAACAAAGCGAUCUUGUAUCGUACGCGAGAAGCAAUCUCGUAGAACACCUCUCCGCUGUCAACUUAUCCCUGGUUCAGGUUGAUUACAAGACCACUUUUGGGCCCUACCUUGUUAGUCUCUUCAGUAUUGACUCUUCAAUCGAUACCCUGCUCAACAAUAACGGCUUAUCCGGCCCCUCACCCGAUGAACGGCGAAGAGUCUGUCAACUAUUGUUCAACGACGCCAGUAUGGAUAUCAUCCUUCAGUGGCUCAAUGACGAAGCGGUAAUUUUGAAUGUCAACGAUGAAGCUCGUGGGUGGAUCACCGGUCCAGUUCGUACUGAAGGUCGCCGAGCCUUGCUGAUGCCAGCUGCGAUGCGAAUGGCGAGGCAUCUGGUGCACGAGCAACACUUUGUACCGUUCAUAAAACAUGCUUCUGAAUUUCUUCCGGGCUUCCUCGAUAAGGUUAGUUGCCUUUUCAGCUCUAGUUAG